AUGGUCCAGACGCCCAAGACGCCCACUUAUCACACCUACUUUGUGUGGACCAGCCGACGGGUUGAGGUUUCUGUGCGGGUCGAGAUCGUGAGCAAAAUGAAGACCUCCACGAUCUUUGCCGCUGCCACAGCGAUCACCACCGCCACUUCUUUGACCAUCCCUGUGAAGCGUGGAACCGGAGUCUCGAUCACUCCGCACGACCGGUACAGCUCUUCCAUCGGUGUCCUAGGGUGCAAAUUGGAUGUCAAUCGAGUUGCCUACUGGCCCGGAACACCAUCCUGCGACGGCAUGUGCAUCCGCGUCAAUGCUAACGGAAGGAGCGUCAACCUGCUCCAAAUUGACUCGUCCGGCGGCGCCUACGACAUCAGUUACGAUGCCUGGAACUAUCUCAUGACUGGGCAGUCCGCUCUGCAGAAUCCUGUCCAAGGGGGCGGUCUCGCAGCAACCUACGAAAAAGUGGAGAUGUCUCAAUGCGCGGACAUCAUGAAGGCUGGCGAUGGGAAGCUAGGAUUUACUGCAGCAAACAGCAUGAACUACAUCACCAGUUGCCGGGCGGACUCUUGGGUUGGUCAGAACCACGUUCUGUACAACAUUGCCGAUACGCAAUGCACCCUGGGCAUCGACGAAGUCUGCACCUUGAACAUGGCUGUCAGCAAUCAACCAUCCUGCCCGCACCAGCUUGGAGUUCAGCCACCGUUGACGUCGGACCCGGUGUACGACAUCAUUUACGGGAGUGGCAAGAAAGAGCUCGCUCAGUAG